AUUAACGUAAACCUGAUCGACCCAUUGUCGUAAACUGUUUCAACAUGGCGACUGCCUGCACAGGUCGCGGGCUUUCUUUCCUGCGGAGUCUGACUCGUCAUGUGAGGGGGACGGCCCUCUCCGGCAGACCCCCGGCCGGCCUCCACACCAGCGCCGCUCUGGAGGUCAACAAGAACUGGGAGAGGAGGAACCUGCAGCUGUACCCCCCUCAGCUCCCAGGGGAGCCUCGCAGAGCAGCCGAGGUCCACCACUGUAGAAGACAGAUCAAGUACAGCAAAGAUAAGAUGUGGUACCUCGCUAAGAUGAUCAGAGGCCUGAGCAUUGACCAGGCCAUCACCCAGCUGGAGUUCAACGAUAAGAAAGGAGCCAAGAUAGUGAAAGAGGUGCUUCUAGAAGCUCAGGACAUGGCUGUUAAGAACCAUAAUGUGGAAUACAAGUCCAACCUGUACAUCGCGGAGUCCCACUCCGGGAAGGGCAAGUACCUGAAGAGGAUCCGGUACCACGGACGGGGCAUGUUCGGCAUCAUGGACAAGGUGUACUGCCACUACUUCGUGAAGCUGGUGGAGGGCCCCCCACCCGCGGCGGAGCCCCGCACCGGGCUGGACCAGGCCCAGGAGUACCUGCUCGGCCUCCGCAGCCGCACCGUCCGACACAGCCUGUAGACCCCCACCGCCAACCCCACCCCAUACCCCAACACUACCCCUCCUGAUUGUGUGUUUGUAGCUUUUGAUUUGUACAUAAAAACAAUAAAUAAAUGAUGACCGUGGA